UUUCCCCCUCGUCUUGCACAUUGAAAAUAAGUUGCUGGCUGCAGUACAGUCUCCAGUAGGCUACGUCCCCGAGCGGCACGGUAGUGCUCACAAUACAUUUUAGGAAUCCAAAAUGAUUUCUCUUCUCUGCCGUCUGCUGUUUCUCACCUGUCUCAUCCUACCUCUUCACGCGGAAGAGAAGGUAAAAAACAGGGGAUUUCGCCAAAAAGAUGCAGAAUUCAAUAAGUGCACUGGGAACGAUGCAGACAAGCCCAACUGCACAACACAUGCUGCAGAGCCAAAGCAUGCUACAGAUCCCCCUUAUAUGAACAUGUACCACAACUGUGUCCAGGGCCCGAUGGGGACCCCUGGCAGAGAGGGCAACCCUGGCAGCAACGGCAUCCCCGGUACCCCGGGCAUCCCAGGCCACGACGGCGUCAAAGGGGAGAAGGGGGAGUGCGUGAGCGAGGUCUUCGAGGAGCCCUGGAGGCCCAACUACAAGCAGUGCGCCUGGAACUCCCUCAACUACGGCAUCGACCUGGGGAAGAUCGCCGACUGCACAUUCACCAAGCUGCGCACCGACAGCGCCCUGAGGGUGCUGUUCACCGGCUCGCUGAGGCUCAAGUGUAAGACGGCGUGCUGCCAGCGCUGGUACUUCACCUUCAACGGGGCAGAGUGCAAUGGGCCGCUGCCCAUAGAGUCCAUCAUCUACCUGGACCAGGGCAGCCCCGAGCUCAACUCCACCAUCAAUAUACACAGGACCUCCUCAGUGGAAGGUUUGUGUGAGGGCAUCAAGGCUGGUCUGGUGGACGUGGCCAUCUGGGUGGGGACCUGCGCUGACUACCCCCGCGGUGACGCCUCCACGGGCUGGAACUCCGUCUCCAGGGUCAUCAUAGAGGAGCUGCCCAAAUGAGAGCCCCCCCCCCGCCCAGAUACAACACCCCCCUAAAAAGGACACAGUUGGUCUCAUCCGAUUUGACGAUGUUCAACUCAACGGAGCGUCUGAAUUUUCAGUCUGUUACGGUAUCACUGAUGCCAACUUGAAUUUUUUUCAACAACAUAGUACAUCCAGAAUAGUUUAAAGGGUGAUUGGAUUUUGAGAUACUGUACCCAAACCAUGGAUUCUGAGAAAGUUUUGUAUUUUAGCAACCCAAAAAAAGGUUGCCUGUUGAUGUAUUCGUUUUUUUUCUAACCGCCAAUAAAAUUUUAAUAAACCUUG